CAGAGCGAGCAUUAGAGGGCUUUCCUAAACCAUCCGAGUCUGUCGAAAUUGAACUGCAUGCGGAAGAAAUCAGAUAGCUCUUAGGAAGUUUAGCUAUAAAGCCACCCGUAAGAAAGCACUUUCUCUUGGCUGAGCGAUUAAGCUGUGCUUAAGGCAACAUGAAUCCUGUACCGAGUACCUUGUUGUUUUCAGUGCUUCUACUUCUGACCCACAGAAUUGAGGAGCUGGUGGAGGCGUGCAGCUGUGCCCCUGCUCAUCCGCAGCAGCUCAUCUGCGACUCGGCUUUAGUGAUUCGAGCAAAAAUAUCCAGUGAAAAGGUGGUUCCUGCCAGUGAUGAUCCUCUUGAUACCCACAAAAUGAUCCGGUAUGAAAUCAAACAAAUAAAGAUGUUUAAAGGAUUUGAAAAGCUGAAGGAUGUCCAGUAUGUCUAUACCCCUUUUGAUUCCUCACUCUGUGGAGUGAAACUAGAAGCUAACAACAAAAAACAGUAUCUUUUGACAGGUCAAAUUUUAAGUGAUGGUAAAGUCCUCAUCCACUUAUGCAACUACAUUGAACCAUGGGAUGAUUUAUCCUUGUCUCAAAAGAAGAGCCUUAAUCAGAGAUAUCAAAUGGGCUGUGGCUGCAAAAUUACUACCUGCUACAUGGUGCCCUGUUCGAUCACUACACCAAACGAGUGCCUCUGGACAGACUGGCUGAUAGAAAGAAAGCUAUACGGGCACCAAGCCAAGCACUACGCCUGUAUCAAGAGAAGUGAUGGCACUUGCAGCUGGUACCGAGGUGGUCCUCCCCCAGAGAAAGAGUUUAUUGAUAUCAGCGAACCUUAAAACGAUCACUUCCUAAAAAGCCUUGGAGUCUAAUUCCAUCAAACAUUGCACGCUCACAGCUUUGAACUGCCAUCGUCUAAUGUAUCUGUUGCUUAGAAACAAAAACAAAUUGUCCUGUACAGCUAAAGUACGAGUCUGUGGAAUUGGCACUCACGCACGAUGAGGAACAAAUCUCCUGGAGGUAGCUACUCUGUAAAGUUAUGCUUUGCACAGAGAGGCUCAAGCUGAGAAUGCUCCUCUGUGUCCGCUAAGGCAUAACGAGUUUCCCUUUUACCAAUAUGAAUGUACAAGAACAAAAGAAUUGCCAGAAUUUUGUCCCCUAUUUCUGUUAACCUACAGAUUAAGAGAGCCCAUGUUUUAUCCCAAAGUUCAUUUCUGAUGAACUAUGGAAUGUUUUAUAGAACUAUUUUUUUCUGUAUGAAAGUCUUCUGAUACAAAAGAAUUAUUGUACAGUGUAUAUGUAAAGUAUUAUAACAAUGUGCUAUAAAAAAAAAGAUUCAAAAAUCCCUGUAUUUCCUUAUCUGUUGAAAUAAGUUGAACACUUCUGUGAUUAAAACAAUCUGUG